CGACAUGGAGCACCUGAGGCCGCCCGAACCGCUACGUUUGACAGCUGAUGGAGGAAGGAACUGGAAGCGGUUUCGUCAGCAAUUCGAGUUUUUUCUGCAAGCGACGGCAUGCAAAUCCAAUCCGAGGUCUGAAGCGGCGAAAACGGCCCUGCUCCUCAGCGUGGCGGGGGACGAGGCCCUGGACGUUUUCAACAAUUUUGUGUUCAGCGGCGAAGAAAACAAGGAAGACUUCAACACCGUUAUUGCCAAAUUCGAAGACUACUGCCUGGAGCAACAAAACGAAAUACACGAGCGAUACGUUUUCCGUUCCCGCAGUCAAGGUGAGGCGGAGCCUUUUGAGCUGUUUCUACGUGAGCUGAAAAAACAAGCGCAGCACUGCAACUUCGGGACCAUGGCGGACGACAUGGUGCGAGACCAAGUUGUUUUUGGAACAAACUCGCCAAGGCUUCGAGAAAAGAUGCUCAGGGACAAAAGCUUGACCUUGGAAAAAGUUAUCGUCCUUUGCAAGGCGGCGGAAACAUCAGCUCGUCAAAAUGAAUUCUGGCAGAAAGGAAAGGAAGAACUCGAUAUGAACGCUGUCACAGCCAGUAGGAGCACCCCUAGAGGAUCCAGGAACGACCUAAGAUGCACCCGUUGCAACCGAAGGCAUGCCGUCAGACGCUGCCCGGCAUACGGCAAAGUAUGUUACUCGUGUAACGGCCGAAACCACUUCGCGUCUUGUUGCAGCGAGAAAGAGCGCGUGGAUGAAGUGCAACAUCAGAGCGACGACUUCGAAGUACUGAAUGUCGCCAGCAGCAGCGCAAGCAGAGAACGAGACUGGCGUGUGAACGCCUGCAUUGACGGCAAGUACGUCACCUUUAAGGUGGACACAGGAUCGCAGGCAAACGUUUUGCCGCUUUCAAUGUUUCGCAAGCUCAAGAUGACAACCCUGAUGCCCAGUAGCGCUGUUCUGAGAUCCUACGGUGGCAACAUGAUCAAGCACAUCGGCAAGUUUUCAGCGCUCAUCGAGAUUGGUGACCGUAAGGCGUGCGCAGAAUUUUUUGUGGUAAAGAAGGACCACAGCACGAUCUUAGGCUUGGAUACCAGCGAGAAGCUUGGAAUCGUACGGCGGGCUGUUGACAGCGUGACGACGAACGACACCGAAGAAAUUACCAAGGAGUUCCCACGUCUUUUCCAUGGAACAGGAUGCGCCCCACGUGAAUACAAGAUUGAGCUGCACAGGGAUGCCGUGCCAGUCGUCCAGCCAGCUCGGAGGGUUCCCCUGUCCCUGCGGGAGCCUCUCCGUACUGAACUGGACAGAAUGGAAAAGGAAGGCAUCAUCCAGAAGGUCAGCAGCCCCACAGAUUGGAUGGCCCUUGCUGAUAUGCUGUCCCGAUCACCUGUUCCUGGACUCAAGGCAGCUGCAUGCACGAGUGACGUCGAGAUCCAUGCUGUCACGGUCGUAUCAGCACUCGUAAGUGAAACGACAGCUAGAAAACUGGCACAGGAAACAGCUCUCGAUCCACACCUUGGCACAGUGCUAAGAAAGCUUGCUAAAGGAGAGCCUGUCGACGGCCCCCUGAAACCAGUGGCCGCCGAGCUAUCCUGUAGUAAACGGCGUACUAUUGAAAGGCACUAAAGUGGUGAUACCGACAAGCAUGCGUAGCGACAUGUUGAAACGGAUACACGCAGGCCAUCUUGGCCAGGUAAAGUGCAAAGCUAGAGCAAGACAAAUGGUUUAUUGGCCGAAUAUAAACUCAGAUAUUCAGUCCUUGAUUGAAAGAUGUCCAACUUGCAAGACAUACGCGUAUAAGCAGCCAUCGGAGCCUUUAAUAAUGCAACCAACACCAACUCAGCCAUGGUACCGUAUCGGUGUCGAUCUCUUUCAGUACUCGGGAAGACAUUAUUUGUGCGCAUAUGACUUGAUGUCCAAUUUCCCCGAGGUGGAGUUACUGCCCGCUACAACAGCCAGUACUGUCAUCGAUAGACUGAGUGCAAUAUUUUCCAGGUACGGCAUACCAGCCGAGGUUGCAACUGACAAUGGCCCACAGUUUAGCAGCCAAGAGUUUAUGAUUUUCGCAAAGCGUUACGACUUUAAGCAUGUGAAAUCAAGCCCGCAGUAUCCUCAAUCGAACGGGCUUGCAGAAAAGGGUGUACAAAUUGUAAAACGUAUCCUAAAGAAAACAAAAGCUGCAGGAGAGUGUUUUUGGCUGGGCUUGUUGAAUUACAGGGCGAGUCCUGUUGAAGAUGGCCGGUCCCCGGGCGAACUCUUGCAAGGAAGGCGGCUGCGCACACCAUUGCCGGACUUCAAUCCAAUGUCGGUAACUCUAGUCAAGAAACACCGGCAGAGAAGUCAUCAUAGGCGCACCCUACCUGGCCUCUGCGACAAUGACGUGGUACGCUUGAAUGGGACAUCAUGGGCAACGAAAGCUAAAGUGGUCGGAUCGGCCGGCCCACGAUCCUUCUACGUGCGCACAGAGAACAAUACCGUGCUGAGGCGCAACCGUCGGCAUCUUCUAGCGACGAAGGAGCCAUAUAGUGUUGAUUCAUCAGACGACGAAGAUAUUGCCAACAACCACACCCCAUUUCAAGGUGUGGCGUCAUCGACCACCGCAGUCUCGCCCGCGGAAGCUCAGCAGCCAUCGCCUCAACCACUGAGACGAAGUCGACGACAGACGCGGCCACCAGAGCGUCUGGGUUAUGACCAGCAGUUCCAGCAGACAAGCCAGCGGGAUUGAUUUCUUGAACUGUUUAGAAGGAGGAUGUAUCAUAUCUGAUGAAAGCACAUGUGCUAUCUACAGGCACGAUUGCCUCGUGCAUACACCUACCUGGCCCUCACCUUUUCUAACCCUUUCCACUUUCAACUAUAACUACCAACGCAGAAUAAACGAUGGGGUUCAUUUGCUUCUUGACA